UGGUGAGGCCGAGGUCGAGACCCAAGGAGAGCCUCCCUAAAGAUGCCUAGCUCCUCUCUGCCAUGGGGCUGUCUUAAUGACAUCUCUGAUGUUCCUCCCAGAGCUAGAGUCAGGAAGUACAGAAGCCUGGGGUACUGGGAUCUUCCAGGCUCAGAGACCAUCUCUACAAGGCCAAGCCUGCUGGGUACCAGAAGUAAGCGAGCGUCUCCAGCUUCGAAAUAAAUCUGCCCUACAGGGCUGAGAGUGGAAGAGGAACCCCUCUCUGUGCGCUCUGAACUCGCGAUGUGGCACGAGUCAGGCACAAUGGAAGGUCCUCGCUCAGACACGGGCCGCUGGGGUUGGAACCCCUGGCAGCCCCCUACCACCCCGUCGCCGGAGCCAGAGCCAGAGCCAGACAGACGCUCGCGUUCCCGCCGAGGAGGAGGCCGCUCCUUCUGGGCUCGCUGCUGUGGCUGCUGCUCCUGCGGGAACAGAGCUGAUGAUGACUGGGGGCCUGAACCAUCUGGCUCCAGAAGCCGAGGGUCCAGCUCCCGGGGCGGCCGGAGACCUGAGUCUCGGGGCAGUGCUGUGAACGCAGCUGGAGAUGGCACCAUCCGAGAGGGAAUGCUGGUUGUGACUGGUGUGGAUCUACUGUGUUCACGCUCGGACCAGAACCGCCGAGAGCACCACACGGAUGAGUUUGAGUAUGAUGAGUUGAUUGUGCGCCGUGGGCAGCCCUUCCACAUGAUCCUCAUCCUGAACCGAGAAUAUGAGUCCUCUGAUCGCAUUGCCCUCGAACUUCUCAUCGGAAACAGUCCCGAGGUGGGCAAGGGUACCCACGUGAUCAUCCCGGUGGGCAGAGGGGGCAGUGAUGGCUGGAAGGCCCAAGUGACCAAGACCAGUGGACACAACGUGAACCUGCGUGUCCAUACCUCCCCUAAUGCCAUCAUCGGCAAAUUUCAACUCACUGUUCGCACACGCUCUGAAGCUGGAGAGUUCCAGUUGCCCUUUGACCCCCGCAAUGAGAUCUACAUCCUCUUCAACCCCUGGUGCCCAGAGGACUUGGUGUACGUAGACCAUGAGGACUGGCGGCAGGAAUAUGUGCUUAAUGAAUCUGGAAGAAUCUACUAUGGGACAGAAGCACAGAUUGGCGAACGGACCUGGAAUUACGGCCAGUUUGAUCACGGGGUGCUGGAUGCCUGUCUGUACAUCCUGGAUCGGAGGGGGAUGCCAUAUGGAGGUCGUGGGGACCCAGUCAGUGUCUGCCGGGUCAUCUCUGCCAUGGUGAACUCCCUGGAUGACAAUGGAGUCCUGAUUGGGAACUGGACUGGCGAUUACUCUCGAGGCACCAACCCCUCAGCGUGGGUGGGCAGCGUGGAGAUCCUGCUUAGCUACCUACGCACCGGCUAUUCUGUCCCCUAUGGCCAGUGCUGGGUCUUUGCCGGUGUUACCACCACAGUGCUGCGAUGCCUGGGCCUUGCUACCCGUACGGUCACCAACUUCAACUCCGCACACGACACAGACACAUCCCUCACUAUGGACAUCUACUUCGAUGAGAACAUGAAGCCACUUGAGCAUCUGAACCACGAUUCCGUUUGGAACUUCCAUGUGUGGAAUGACUGCUGGAUGAAGAGGCCAGAUCUGCCCUCAGGCUUUGAUGGGUGGCAGGUUGUGGAUGCCACACCCCAGGAGACCAGCAGCGGCAUCUUCUGCUGCGGCCCCUGCUCGGUGGAGUCCAUCAAGAAUGGCUUGGUCUACAUGAAGUAUGACACACCCUUCAUUUUCGCCGAGGUUAACAGUGAUAAGGUGUACUGGCAGCGACAGGAUGAUGGUAGCUUCAAGAUUGUGUAUGUGGAGGAAAAAGCCAUUGGCACGCUCAUUGUCACAAAGGCAAUCAGCUCCAAUAUGCGGGAGGACAUCACCCACAUCUAUAAGCACCCAGAAGGCUCAGAUGCAGAGCGGAGGGCUGUGGAGAAGGCUGCCGCCCAUGGCAGCAAACCCAACGUGUAUGCCACCCGGGACUCUGCUGAGGACGUGGCAAUGCAGGUGGAGGCACAGGACGCUGUGAUGGGACAGGAUCUGGCAGUCUCCGUGGUGCUGACCAAUCGCGGCAGUAGCCGCCGCACCGUAAAGCUGCACCUCUACCUCUCUGUUACCUACUACACUGGUGUCACUGGGCCUACCUUCAAGGAGACCAAGAAGGAAGUGGCACUAGCCCCAGGAGCCUCGGACUCUGUGACCAUGCCUGUGACCUACAAGGAAUACAGGGCCCACCUCGUGGACCAGGGGGCAAUGUUGCUCAAUGUCUCAGGUCACGUCAAGGAAAGUGGGCAGGUAUUAGCUAAGCAGCACACUUUCCGUUUGCGCACCCCAGACCUCUCUCUUACGUUACUGGGCGCAGCAGUAGUUGGCCAGGAAUGUGAAGUACAGAUCGUGUUCAAGAACCCCCUGCCUACCACCCUCACCAACGUCGUUUUCCGGCUUGAAGGUUCUGGGUUACAGAGACCCAAGGUCCUCAACGUUGGGGAUAUUGGGGGUAACGAGACAGUCACACUGCGCCAGACCUUUGUGCCUGUGCGACCAGGCCCCCGCCAGCUCAUUGCCAGUCUGGACAGCCCACAGCUCUCCCAAGUACAUGGUGUCAUCCAAGUGGACGUGGCCCCAGCCUCUGGAGGCCGUGGUUUCUCAGAUGCUGGAGGUGACAGUCGCCUAGAGGAGAGCAUACCAAUGGCAUCUCGAGGUGGAGCUUAGCCCUGGGCCAGGAGCAAUGGAACUGGAAUCAGAUGAACAAGGACAUUACCCCCAACAUGGGGGACCACCACAAAGUAGCUCCCCAGGCUCAGGAAGGAAGGCUGGGGCACCUGGGGAAGCAGUCGAUCUUCACCUGUGAUGAUAAUAAACUAUUGUUUCUUUUUUUUUAA